AUGUCCUUGAUAUCCGCAGCAGCUGAUGUCAACGAUGCGAGCUCCACAACUUCAGCUGGUUCUGUGAGAUCAUCCGCGGUUUAUCGCAAGGAUGGAAAGCCUCUUUCGCAAGAGGCACUCUACAGAGCCCAGCAAAAAUACGGGGUAUUCCAAUCACCCGCCAGGCAAACAGGUUCUGGCCUUAAGGACUCUAAAAUGGCAUCUGACGUAGCCGCCAACCUCGCCAAUAACAACAGAACGACGAUCGAGGCAUACAAGCGCGUCCUUGACUCGAACGCCUCGAGAGCUGCAACUGCCGUUUCGUCGCGCUCGCGCUCCUCCAGUGUGACUUCCAAUGCUACCGUGGUUACGACAAGCUCCAAGUCGACUAAUGCAGCCGUCAAGGCGCUAUCAUCCAAGCCUGUGGAGCAGCCCGUCGCUCCAAAGAAGUCGAACAUGAACAUGUCAAAAAUUCUUGUGGGCGCUGAGGCAGCUGCUGAGAAGCGCAUUGGAAUCCGCAUGAAGCCAGAAAAGAUUGUUUAUGUGCCAUCGAAGGAGUCCGGAAAGGCCGCAGAACGUAGCAUGUCCCUAACUCCAGAGAUUAUGGACAAGCUCAAGACCAAAGGAGACUAUGAGGCCGAAGCUGAAGUUGAGGCGGACCCUAAGAAGUAUGCUUCAAAAGCAGCAUUUGCAGUUCGUGAUUUCGACCCCAACGAGGCCACUGAGAAAGAGCUCCUGGAGCGCGAAAAGAAAAAGCAAGCCUACUUUGGAAUGCUGACCUCCCCCCAGGUGUUGUCAUUGGCCCGGGCCAAUGCCCAGGUGAAGCUUGACCAAAUUGACAAAGCUGCACCUGGCAGCUUGUACAAAAACGAGGAGUUCAACAAAUUGGCCGUCGCCUUGGCGCAAAAGAACUCCACAAAGCGGUCUGAGCACCAUGGCAAAAUCAAUAUGGGCGGUGGCUUGUGGUUGACACAGGCUGAUGUCCAAAACAUUGCCCAGGGCCUCAUUACGCCCGUUUUGGAUGAGGUUGACAGCAGAGCGUUGCAGCAAAGAGCUAUUGACGAGGACAUCAAGCAGAGGAAGAUUGACUUCAAAGAGCAGAACGCGGCAUGGAUUGAGUUACAACGUAAUAAGCUCUCUAACGACAAAAUGUAUUCGAGAGAGACUCGCAUGAGACACAAGCGCGAGACCGAAGGUUUGCAUGCCCGUACGGAGAGAAAGUUCCAAGACUUGUGCGCCUCCAAGGACUCUGAGGUGGCAGAGAUGGAGAAGGCUCUCCAGAAUGCUAAGGAUUCCUAUGCAGCUCUUCAAAAGCAGAUGGAGGAAGAUUUGGAAAAGGAACGUCUACGUGUUGAGGCUGAAGUCGCUGCUCUGAAGAAGGAGCAAGAGGAAGACUUGAAAGCAGCCCGCGUUGAACAAGAGCAAGAAUUGAAGCCUUACGUGGACGAUGUUAAGGCUGCGGAAGCGGAGCACGAAAGAUUGACUGCCGAACGUGACUCUCUCAACAAAGAGAUUGAGGAACUGAGGGCCUCCAUUGAAAGCCACAAGGUGAGAAUCGAGGAGUUGGACAACGAGAUAUCGGAUUCUGCGGCCAAGCACGAGGAAGAAGAGGGCAAACGCGAGGAACUCACCAAGCACAAAGAAGAGUUUGACCAGGAGGUUAGCGAGAAGUUCACGGUGAUUGCGCAAGCUGCCAAGGAAAAAGCCCAGAAGUCUUCUGAGGAGGCACGCUUAAAACAGCUUGAAGUGGACGCCAUGAUCAACGAGCGUCAAAGUGAACUGAACUCCACAGAGCUGGAGUUGAAGAAGGAAAAGCUGUCUCUGCUCGAGGCUAUGAGAAAUGUCACAGAGUUGAAGGGCGAAGACAAGCUUGACGAAAACAGGGUCAAGGCUCUUAUUGGUAUGACUUCCGAGGAAUUCAUCGCGGAGAACAACAAGAGUGUCAAUGUUUCCGAUGACAAGUUUGAGCCUUUUAACGAGCACACCGCUUCCACGAAAUCUAUCAAACACGAAGAGGGUGUCCUAGGUGAGGGAGGUGCGAAGACUAACUCUGACGAGCUCCCCGUCAAGGACUCAGCUGAGAAGUCGAGUGAACACUUGAACUCGACUGCCGAGAAGUCUAUAGAGCCCGCCAAGGCUUCCUCCCCUUACCCCGCGAAGCCAAGUAUGGUUGACGCUGUUCUUCCAAAGGACUUCAAACCCGAGGUCAAGCCCAAAGCCAAACCGGCCCACAAAACACCUCAACAGGGAGCCGCUGCUGGUGGCGAGCCAGCCUCCGCCAAAUCCGGAGUGAAAAGAUCGCCAUCGCUCAAGCAGAAGUUCAUGGGAAUCAUUAAGGGUGACACCAAGAGCCAAUCUAAGCCUGCGGCCGCUGCCACUCCAGUCCACCCUCCUGCUACGGUAAAGAAAGCUGCGCCAAAGAAGGCUGCCGCUUCGUCGGAGGCUGAUACACCUGCUAAGGUCUCGCCAGCCAAGGACACCGCCAAGACUGAGAUCCAAAAGAUCGCGCAGGGCGGUCCUGCUCCUGCUCCUGAGCCUGAGCAUAAAACCGCUCCGGCAGUUGACAACGCAACCACCAAAAGCGUGAGCACUCUUCAGAAGCCUACAAACUCUGGCAUUGACAAGUCCGAAAUCCACAAGAUUGCGCAAGGCGGUCCCGCCCCAACAUCUGGUCAUAGCAACCAUACAAGGACCAGUGUCUACGAAAAUGGCGACAACUCCGACGACGAGGACGAGUUGCCAGACUCCAGCGAGGCCGGUGAAAACGGAAUCGGCGCUGACAAGAAGGGCAGCCUCUUCAAAGAAGUUUUUUAA